ACUUCCUGUUUCCCAAAUGUGUUCAUGGUCAGCAAGACUGUGGAUGUGGUCUACGCUGGAUGGACACGUGUACAGGCUGAUCUUAACUGUAUGGCUGAUCUCCAUAACACCAGUACAACAUGGAAAUACUUCAUCAACCUCUGUGGUCAGGAUUUCCCUCUAAAAACUAACUUGGAAAUUGUGCAAGCUUUGCGUUCACUAAAAGGAGGUAACAGUUUGGAGUCGGAAGAAAUGCCUCAAGGAAAGAAGAAGAGGGUGAUGAAUGCUUACCAAGUAGUUGAUGGAAAAGUCCAGCCAAUAGGAAAAACAAAGGAUCCAGCUCCCUUUAAUCUGCCCAUACUAUCAGGAAAUGCCUACAUUGUGGUCAACCGAGGUUACAUUCGCAGUGUGUUGGAAGACGAGCGAAUACAGGCCCUCACUAAGUGGGCCAAAGACACCUACAGUCCUGAUGAGUUUCUAUGGGCAACAAUACAACGAAUACCUGGUGUUCCUGGCUCAACAUGGCCCAACAGUAAAUUCGACAUCACAGACAUGAAUGCAAUUGCACGGAUCGUGAAGUGGCAGGGGCACGAGGGGUCAGAGGGUUCCUUGCAAGCAGUAUACCCAGAGUGUAAAGGCCACCACAUCAGAUCAAUUUGUGUGUAUGGUGCUGGAGACCUGCAGUGGUUGAUUGAACAGCAUCACCUUUUUGCGAAUAAGUUUGAGCAGACAGAUCCCAUUGCUAUCUAAUGCUUGGAGAAAUAUCUGAGACACAAGGCACUGACUGAGUUAGUUUAG